ACAGCGCAGACCGCCGGCGCUACACGUCACUUCAACUCCAGUCACCGACAGACGCAUCUCGGCGCCCGUUGGUAUACGGGGCUCCAAGACACACACAUACACACAGAGACACACACUCACACACAUGCGGCGGUCCUUGACUGAGGAAAGCAUCGACGACCCUCUGCACACUCUGUGGUACCCCAUCACAUUCUUUUAGAGACUUGUUUCGCCCUUUUUCUUCUGCGAGGAGACGGGUUUUUGCAGUACUAUUCGGGGCUUUCCAUGAUGCUCGGAGCAGUUAAAAUGGAAGGACACGAACAUACAGACUGGAGCACCUACUACGGAGAGCCCGAGUGUUACACCUCGGUUGGCAACAUGAACGGAGGCCUCGGGAUGAACUCCAUGAACACCUACAUGAGCAUGUCCGGCAUGGGCCCCACCGGCAACAUGGGGGCCAACUCCAUGAACAUGUCCUACGUCAACACGGGCAUGAGCCCCUCCAUGACCGGCAUGUCACCGGGCCCCGGGGCCAUGAACGGCAUGGGUGCCAGCAUGACGGCCAUGAGCGCCGCGCUGAGCCCCAGCAUGAGCCCUAUGACGGCGCAGCCCGCGUCAAUGAACGCCCUGACUUCCUACAACAACAUGAACGCCAUGAGCCCCAUGUACGGACAGUCGAACAUCAACAGGUCAAGAGACCCAAAAACCUACCGGAGGAGCUACACGCACGCUAAGCCCCCUUAUUCGUACAUUUCCCUAAUCACAAUGGCCAUCCAGCAGUCUCCCAGCAAGAUGCUGACGCUGGCCGAGAUCUACCAGUGGAUAAUGGACCUCUUUCCAUUUUACCGACAGAACCAGCAGCGCUGGCAGAACUCGAUUCGCCAUUCUUUGUCGUUUAAUGAUUGUUUCCUCAAAGUGCCCAGAUCCCCGGAUAAGCCCGGCAAGGGCUCGUUUUGGACCCUCCAUCCCGACUCCGGGAACAUGUUCGAGAACGGCUGCUAUCUGAGAAGGCAGAAGCGCUUCAAGUGCGACAAGAAGAUGCCCAAGGAGUCCGGGCGCAAGGCUUCAGAAGGCGGCUCUAACAGCAGCUCGGAGAGCUGCAACGGAAACGAGUCUCCGCACUCCAACUCGUCCUCUAACGAACACAAGCGAUCCAUGUCGGACAUGAAGAGCCAAGCCCUGAGCCCGGAGCACGCAGCCUCCCCGGUGUCCCAGGCGCAGCAUCUCAUGGCCCAGCAUCACUCCGUGUUGGCACACGACGGGCACCUUAAGCCCGAACACCAUUACUCAUUCAACCACCCCUUCUCCAUCAACAACCUCAUGUCCUCCGAGCAGCAGCAUCACAAAAUGGACUUAAAGACUUACGAGCAGGUGAUGCACUACUCUGGCUACGGUUCCCCCAUGACAGGAGCGCUUUCCAUGGGCUCCAUGGCGGGAAAAGCCGGCCUGGAUCCAUCGUCCAUACCCGACUCUACUUAUUAUCAAGGCGUCUACUCCAGGCCGAUCAUGAACUCCUCAUAAACUAUUGGCCCCUACAACUUCAAUGGACUAUUUGCCAGCGUUUGUAAAUUUGUAAAAAAAUAUAUAGUUUGUGUAUUAUAUGUAUUUGAAAUAUUUUUGACGUUUCUCACUGAUUUAGCAGUCGAGUUUGUUAGUAGCCUAAUUAUUUUAAGAAAGGAUGUUAAAAAUGUGACAAUAUCUGUUCAAGAGUCAGUUUCAGGAAUGGACCCAAAGACAACAACGAGCUGUAUAAUAGCCCACAUCUGCAUACUUUGAUUUCGAAAUGAAUUUUAAUGCCUUGCAGAAUUUCUUCAAUCACUUGUGUAAUUCCUAUUUAUGGCUUGUAUAUGUGUAUUCUUGUAGUGACAAGAACAGAAAAUAUAUAUUAAAGUGUUAUUGUUUUGUUCUCCUGAA